AAUUAUGUUAUGAUGCGGUGCGAUACAUAUAAUAACAUUAUAUGUAUUACAGAUAGACACAGAUUUCUUGGGAUGCGAUGACUUCUUGAUGGGCGACGUUCGCGUGGACGGAGAGCGACAUAUCAUCUUCGGGACGCCACUGCAGCAGGACCUUCUACGUCGUGCGAAAAGGUGGUAUUUAGAUGGAACAUUUAAGGUUGUUCGACGUCCAUUUGUCCAGUUGUACAGCAUCCACGCCUUCAUCCAGCAGGACAACGUCAUGAAGCAGGUGCCACUAGUCUACAUCUUGAUGUCCAGGAUGCGCAAGAUCGACUAUCUAGCCGUUUUCCGUUACAUCAACGAGGUGCUUGGUGACCUUAGUGUACGGAGCAUCGUUAUGGACUUUGAAGCUGCUGUGUGGUCAGCAGUCAAAGCUCUUUACAAGGAGGUGGACAUCAUGGGAUGUUAUUUUCACUGGGCACAGGCAGUAAUGCGAAAGGUACAGUCCCUUGGACUGAAGACGACCUACUGUGAAAAGAAGGGACUGUACGUCUUCAUCCAGCAACUGCUCGGCCUUCCGUACCUCCCGCCAGGACAUAUUGAGAGGGCAUUCCAGAGCCUGACCGCUAAGCUUCCUUGUCCAGAGGUAGAGGACCUGGUGUCCUAUUUGGAGAACGCCUGGCUGCACAACCCAAACUGGAGUGUCCGUCAAUGGAGUGUGUUCCGCCAGAGCAUCCGCACGAACAACGACUGCGAAGGCUGGCACCGACGGUUGAAUGGCAAGGCAGGCCGGGCCAUGCUCCAUUUUUACCUCCUAGUUCCACUUCUGAGGAAGGAAGCCAACUCCAUCGAAGUGACCAUGCGUUUGGUUGAGGAGCAGACCAUCACCCGUCAUCGCCGCACUCAGAACCGUCUCCGCGAGACCAAGGUGGAACAGCUAUGGAACGACUACGAGAGUCAGAUAGUGCGAACGUCAGCAUUUCUGAGGGGAAUCUCGAGGCUUUGUGCUCCAGGAUUUCCUGAGUAGACGCGUAUAUAUAUACUGUAUAUAGUGUAUAGAACUUUGUAGUGUUAACGUUGUGAACAUUGCUAUGAACAUUGCUAAGAAGAAAGAUGUGUUUCAGUUUUGUAUUUUUAAGGAAAUAUAUAUUUGUGCUGAUUUAUGUCCUUUUUUCAUCUCUUCUUUGUUAAUUGUAUGUAAAUAUCUAUGUAAUGUUAUUUUCAGAAUGAGAAGUGUAUAUACCUGUAGAUAAUUGUUAAAUAAGUG